AUGUCUGCGCCGUUGCCCUUCAAUCUUUCGCUGGACCUCGACCCAUCUUCACUCGUGAACAAUUCGGACCUCGGGCAUCUGCUCUCCACGACCACUGGCGACAAGGAAAGAGGCUCUCCGACAUAUCCUCUUGAUGGCAUGGUGAACACUCCUCUGCCACAGUGGAACUUGGAGCCCUGGGUAGACGAACGGGACGGCAUCCCCCUGUGGCAGCAUUACCUCACAGAAGAGUUGAGCCGCACGAUCGAGUUCGACAAACUCUGUGCGACGACGAGCGCGGUAUUUCUGGAUAAGCUGCGGGCGUCCGUUGCGCUCGGACCUGCAGUGGCACCCGAUGAACCAUCAUUCGCGGGGGCCUUGGUGCGGAUGGUCACAGGCUGGGUGUAUGGCGGCGGGGAUGCACGCAACCCGAGCGCAGACCUGCAGCUGGCCCUGACGCGAGAGGUUAUCAGACAAGUGGAGAGUUAUUCAGGCUGGGGUGUACAGCUCGUGAAGGCAUAUGCCUUCAAGCAAUGCGUCGACAGUGGCGAGGAAACUUGGAGCAACGCGAUACACGCAUAUGCAGGCCGUCCGGCCCCUGUCAACUCUGUGGACCCGAUGCUCCAGUCCCUCUCCUUGCUCGCGUACCUCGGCAGGCAACUUCAAGUUGUCGUGAACCUCGAAGACGUUUUGAGCGCUGUGCUGCCUUCGAUAUUCUCGCCUGGGUCUAUGCACCUCCUGCUCGGAAGUGUAUAUACUGUCAUGAAACACCCCGAGGAACUUGGCAUCGACAUCAAACGCGGGUUGAUGGUGACGCUCGUGAGUAUCAUCAGCUGGUACACACACCCGACCCAAACCUCGAUCGACGCUAAUCAUGCGGCUCAGGCUAUCGGAGGACUGCUCGAGGGAUACAGAAAAGCAAAGAUAUGGGCCCAGGGAAACGGCUUGUAA